AUGGAAUAUCAUGUUCAGAAUGGCUUAAGGAAGAUUAAACCAUAUUGGCACACAAGGUCAUCAUUUGUUAAGGGUAGGUGGUUCAAUAAAACGUUGGCGCAAGUAUUGGUUGAAGAGUUCCACUUUACGAACGAUGAAGUACAGUCUAGAAUUAAGAAAGGACUAUACGGACUGAUCAGGGACAAUACUUCGCUAGAUUGUAAUUCUGAGCUGAUCAGAAAUAAAGAUGUGUUUACGUCGAAACAGCAUAACCAUGAGCCUCCAGUAUUACAAUGGCGUCUUAAUGCAGACGACAGUGUUACAAAGAAUGUUAUGGGGAUUCCGAUUGUAUAUGAGGACGAUUCUAUUCUAGUUAUUAAUAAACCAUGUGGAAUUCCUAUCCAUCCCAUAGCUUAUUACUAUAAAAACACUCUUACGGAGAUGUUAAAGGAUAACCUUAAUUAUCCUGUGUUUCCAUGUCAUAGGUUGGAUAAGAUAACAUCAGGAAUUUUAAUUUUUGCCAAAAAUCAGGAUACUGCAAGUGUUUUACAGGCUCAGAUCAGAGAAAGAACUAUGAAGAAACUCUAUCUAGCGAGAGUUGAGGGUGAAUUCUCUAAGAAUGGUGCUUGUUCAAAGUAUCCAAUAUACACCUUUGAACCUAAAAAAACGCUUGCAGGAGCAUUUUCACAGGUGAAAGAUUCCGAAACAGAGUUUUUAAGGAUAGAUUAUAAUGAGAGUCUUAACCAAUCGUUGGUUUUAUGCAAACCGUUUUCAGGACGUACUCAUCAAAUUAGAAUUCAUUUGGCCAGACUGGGCCAUCCUAUUGUUAAUGAUCCAUUUUACAAUGUUUCAAAUUCCAAGUACCCAAAGAGGACUAAAUUCAUGUUGACAGUUAAUGACUGGUCAAAAAUUCCCGUUAAAGAGCUGGAGGUUUUGUUUGAGGAGUUUUUAGAAGAGAUUGAUUCUGUUUGGAAGGGGUUAAAUCCAAAUAAAGAGACUUGUAACGAAUGUGGAGAAGAACUUCCAGUUGAUCCGCCGACACAUCAGUUGAGCUUAUAUUUGCAUGCAUUGAGUUAUAAUUGGCAUGGAGGUUCGUUUAAAACAGACUACCCAGAAUGGUCAGAGAUAUUUGAUACAAAGACGCUGAACCAAGAAAUCUAA